AUGAUUAUGCAUGUGACAAAGAUGGGUGAGCCUGAGAUGGCAAAAACUGAAUCAAGUGAAAAUGGAGUUGCCCAAUCUGAAGAAAUAACUGCAUCAGAACAUAAAAGUCAUGUCAGAAAGAAGAAAGCUCUGCGGGCCCGUUAUGCUUAUGGCGUUGGCUCUUUAGAGACUAUGGAGAAAGGAUAUUGCCUAUGUUGCCUUAUUCAAAAGCCUGUGGGGCAAAGGAGCAAGAAUGUUACCAUACAAUGGGAGUGCUUCGAGUCAGUUUUGGAUGUUUUGUAUCCUUACACAUAUUUGAAUUGCAACAUAUUCUUUUUUAUAAUGUUUCUGACCACUGCCAACACAAGAAAAUUACAUGAAGUUAGACAUACAUGGCAUUCUGGAUGGUGGGGUCUGAAGUUUAUCUUGUUGCUGAUCUCUUUCAUGAUUCCGUUCUUUAUACCCUCGGAUUACAUUCAACUCUAUGGUGAGCUGGCUCGUGUUGGCGCAGGGAUUUUCUUGAUUCUCCAGCUCAUAAGUGUGAUUGAGUUUAUCACAUGGUGGAAUAACUACUGGAUGUCUGAUGACAGAAAGAAAUCAAGCUGUUCUAUCGGGCUUUUCAUGUCAACAGUAUUUUACAUAUCUUCUGUCUGUGGAAUUGCGGUUAUGUAUGUGUUUUACGCCUCCAAAACUUCAUGCACUCUCAACAUAUUCUUCAUCUCUUGGACCGGUGUUCUUCUUAUUGUGAUGAUGGCCAUAUCCUUGCACUCAAAGGUGAACAGAGGUCUGCUUUCUUCAGGGAUAAUGGCCUCGUAUAUUGUUUUCCUAUGUUGGACUGCUAUUAGAAGUGAGCCCGGUAGUGAAAAAUGCAGCCCUCAGAAGCCAGAAAGUGGACAUAUUGGCUGGCCUGCUGUUGUUGGCUUUGUUGUUGCUUUAUGUGCAAUUGUGAUUGCAACAUUCUCGACAGGCAUUGAUUCCCAAUCAUUUCAGCUACGUAAAAAUGGAUCUAAGUUGCUGGAGGAUGACAUUCCAUAUGGCUAUGGAUUUUUUCACUUGGUGUUUUCUUUAGGGGCAAUGUACUUUGCUAUGCUAUUCAUCAGCUGGAAUUUAGGGAGCUUGACCAGAAAGUGGAGCAUUGAUGUUGGCUGGGCAAGCACAUGGGUGAAGAUUGUUAAUGAGUGGUUUGCCGCUACAAUAUAUUUGUGGAAGCUGAUUUUCCCUGUAUUGAAAGAAACAAAAGUUUCGAACCACGAUGAAGAGUCUACAGAACAAGUGUAGUGGACCACAUGCAUGUGAUUUUGAUCUCUUAUGCACAAUGUAAUGUUGCUAUAUAUGUUGUUACUGGAUAUACAUUAUUCUUUAUUUUUCUUAUAAUAAUUUCUUUUCCUAUAGUCAAAGUGAUGAGGCUUACAAUAGAAUGACCACUGUAAUUCAUGUAUUUAAUAAAAUGCUUGUAGUGGUCAAUAUUAG